AUGGAGUGGAGAAAUUACUAUAUGGAUGUGAUGUUGGUGCCAUUGGGAUUAGUAAUGAUGGUAGCAUAUCAUGUUUGGUUAUGGCAUAAGACUCAGACACAACCCUUCUCCACAACCUUCGGAAGAGAUGCUCAUGGUCGCCGAUUAUGGGUUCCUGCCAUGAUCAAGGAUAUUGAUAAAAAGAACAUCGUAGCAGUUCAAUCUCUUCGAAACCUAAUCAUGGGAUCAUCCCUUAUGGCCACAACAGCAAUUCUCAUUUGUGCAGGUCUAGGAGCAGUCAUAAGCAGCACUUACAGUGUUAAGAAACCAAUCAACGACACAAUUUUUGGAGCACAUGGGAAAUUUAUGGUGGGACUGAAAUAUGCCAUCCUCCUUGCCAUGUUCUCAUUCUCGUUUCUAUGUCACACUUUCUCUAUAGGGUUUCUCAAUCAAGUGAGUGUCCUUAUUUGCACUCCACAACAUGUCAAGUCUAUGGUGACCUCAGAAUAUUUAACUGAGCUUUUGGACAAGACCAUCUUACUGAACUUGGUGGGGAAUCGGCUUUUCUAUUCAGCACUUUGCCUUUUGCUUUGGAUCUUUGGACCUGUGCUAGCUUUCUUCUCUUCAAUGGCAAUGGUUAUUAUAUUGUACAACCUUGAUUUUCUGGGUGGAAAUAGCACCAAUGACGUUGAUAAUUUUAUCCCAGAUGACGUUUGAAACUAGUGGGCAAACAAAAGGACUUGUUUUUGUCAUAUUUUUAAUUCAUAGUUAGAGUAU